AUGUCUGUUCAGGUUUCGGCUGCUGCUCGUGCUCCUACACAAUGUUCCAAAACCGAAAACAAUCAUCGGUCAGCUAAUUUUCAUCCUGAUGUUUGGGGUGAUUAUUUCCUUUCAUAUGCCUCCAAUGAAAUACACAGAAUGGAGCACCAAGAGCUGAAGGAGGAAGUGAGGCAGAUAUUGCUGAUGGCAAUGUCUGAAAAGCCUGAAACAAAACUUGACUUGAUCGAUUCAGUUCAACGCUUGGGUGUGUCUUACCAUUUUGAAAAGGAGAUUGAUGAGAUCUUGCGACAAGUGCAAACUAUCCAUUCCAACUGCGUUGAUCAGGAUGACAGUGACAACCUUUAUAGCAGUUCUCUACGAUUUCGGUUACUUAGACAACAUGGAUAUAGAAUUUCAUGUGACAUGUUUGAAAAGUUUAAGGAUGAUCAAGGAAACUUCAAAGAAACCCUUACCUGUGCUGUUCGACGGAUGUUAAGCCUGUAUGAAGCCACACAUUUAAGGGUCCAUGGGGAGGAUAUAUUAGAAGAAGCACUUGCUUUCACUACCACUCAUCUUCAGUCCAUGGCUGCAACCUCAGCCUCCUCUCUUUCAAAACAGAUAAGUCAUGCAUUAAGGCAACCUCUCCAUAAGAACUUACCAAGGCUUGAGGCCAAUCGAUACAUACGUUCCUACCAAGAAGAUCCUCUACACAAUGAAGUUCUAUUAAGGUUUGCAAAGUUAGAUUUCAACAUUUUAUAACAAGAGCACCGUAAGGAACUCUGUGACAUUGCAAGAAUGAAUUGGUUUAAGUGGUGGAAAGAUUUAGAUGUACCAAGGAAGCUACCGUUUGCCAGAGACAGAAUAACAGAAUGUUACUUCUGGAUCUUAGGAGUGUACUUUGAGCCAGAAUACUUCCUUGGUAGAAAAAUAUUGACCAAAGCAAUUGCCAUGGCUUCCAUUCUUGAUGACAUCUACGAUGUGCAUGGUACAAUCAAAGAACUCGAGCUCCUGACUGAAGCAAUUGAGACAUGGGAUAUCAGCGCAAUAGAGCAUCUGCCAGAGUACAUGAAAGUGUUCUAUGAGGCACUCCUAGAUGUUUACAACGAAAUUGAAGGAUAUAUGAUUGAUGAAGGAAAAUUGUAUCGGAUGCACUAUGCUAAAGAAGUGGUGAAGGAUCUAGCUAGAGCUUAUCUGAUUGAAGCCAAAUGGUUUCACUACAAGUAUGUCCCGACAAUGGAAGAGUACAUGGAAGUUGCAUCAGUCACCUCAUCCCACUCACUUCUAUCGACCACAUCUUUUGUUGGAAUGGGGGAUAUUGUAACCAAGGAUGCUUUUGAUUGGAUUCUUAGUAACCCCAAAAUGAUUACAGCUUCUUCAAUAAUUUGCAGACUCACUGACGACAUAGUCUCCCAUGAGUUUGAGCAAGAGAGAGGGCAUGUAGCUUCAAGCGUGGAGUGUUACAUGAAGCAACAUGACACCACGAGACAAGAAGCAGUAGAUGAAUUUUACAGAAGAAUUUCUGAGGCAUGGAAGGAUGUAAAUGAAGAAUGUCUCCAUCCAACCAACGUCCCAAUGCCACUCCUCAUGCGUAUUAUCAAUCUUGCACGCAUAAUAGAUGUCGCGUACAAGGAUGGAGAUAGCUACACCUUCUCGGGAAUUCUCCUGAAAGAUUUUGUAGCUUCUCUGCUCGUUGAUCCAAUGCCCUUAUGA